GCGCAGUAACCUCCGCGGAGGCGGCAGUGGUGGCGGCAGCGGCGGUGGCGGCGUCUCCCGAGCCCGAAGGUUCGGCCACUUUAGGCCGGCGGCCAGACGCCUCGUGGGCCAUGUCGGCCCAGGGUGACUGCGAGUUCCUGGUGCAGCGAGCCCGGGAGCUGGUGCAGCAGGACCUGUGGGCAGCCAAGGCAUGGCUGAUCACGGCCCGCAGUCUCUACCCCACCGACUUUAACAUCCAGUAUGAGAUGUACACCAUCGAGCGGAACGCGGAGCGGACUGCCACCGCGGGGAGACUGCUGUACGACAUGUUUGUGAAUUUCCCAGAACAGCCGGUGGUAUGGAGAGAAAUCAGCAUUAUUACGUCAGCACUAAGGAACGAUUCACAGGAUAAACAAACGCAAUUUUUAAGAAGUUUAUUUGAAACCCUUCCUGGUCGGGUCCAGUGUGAAAUGUUGCUGAAGGUUACAGAACAGUGCUUCAACACAUUGGAGAGAUCAGAAAUGUUGCUUCUGCUUUUGAGACGCUUCCCUGAAACAGUGGUGCAACAUGGGGUUGGCCUUGGGGAGGCACUGCUAGAGGCAGAAACUAUUGAAGAACAAGAAUCUCCUGUUAACUGCUUUAGAAAAUUAUUUGUUUGUGAUGUCCUUCCUUUAAUAAUCAACAACCAUGAUGUUCGAUUGCCUGCCAACUUAUUAUAUAAAUACUUGAACAAAGCAGCUGAAUUUUAUAUCAACUAUGUCACCAGGUCCACUCAAAUAGAGAAUCAGCAUCAAGGUGCCCAAGAAACAUCUGACUUAUUGUCACCUAGCAAACGUAGCUCUCAGAAGUACAUAAUAGAAGGACUGACUGAAAAAUCAUCCCAGAUUGUAGACCCUUGGGAGAGAUUGUUUAAGAUUUUGAAUGUUGUUGGAAUGAGAUGUGAAUGGCAGAUGGAUAAAGGAAGACGAAGCUAUGGUGACAUUUUGCAUAGGAUGAAGGAUCUCUGCAGAUACAUGAACAACUUUGAUAAUGAAGCUCAUGCAAAAUACAAAAACCAGGUGGUUUAUUCCACUAUGUUGGUCUUCUUUAAGAAUGCAUUCCAGUAUGUCAACAGCAUACAGCCAUCUCUCUUUCAAGGUCCUAAUGCCCCAAGCCAGGUUCCACUGGUUCUUCUGGAAGAUGUAUCAAAUGUAUACGGUGAUGUGGAAAUCGAUCGUAAUAAACACAUACAUAAGAAGAGGAAACUGGCUGAGGGAAGAGAGAAAACCAUGCAGAGUUCCGACGAUGAGGACUGCUCAGUGAAAGGAAGGAAUCGCCACAUCGUCAUCAACAAAGCGGAGCUUGCGAACUCGAUGGACGUGUUAGAGAGCUUUAAGUUGGCCAGGGAGAGCUGGGAGCUGCUCUAUUCCCUGGAAUUCCUUGACAAGGAAUUUACAAGAAUUUGUUUGGCAUGGAAGACGGAUACUUGGCUUUGGUUAAGAAUCUUCCUCACUGAUAUGAUCAUCUAUCAGGGUCAGUAUAAAAAGGCAAUAGCCAGCCUGCAUCAUUUAGCAGCUCUCCAGGGAUCACUUCCUCAGCCACCGAUCACGGGACAGGGAACCUUGGAGCAUCAGAGGGCGCUCAUCCAGCUAGCGACGUGCCACUUUGCCCUGGGGGAGUACAGAAUGACGUGUGAAAAAGUCCUCGAUCUGAUGUGCUACAUGGUACUCCCCAUUCAAGAUGGAGGCAAACCACAGGAAGAACCUUCAAAAAUAAAAACCAAAUUUAGAAAAGGUUCAGACCUGAAGCUCCUGCCCUGUACCAGCAAGGCCAUCAUGCCGUACUGCCUGCAUCUAAUGUUAGCUUGUUUUAAGCUGAGAGCCUUCACAGACAGCAGGGACGACAUGGCACUGGGGCACGUGAUCGUAUUGCUUCAGCAAGAGUGGCCGCGGGGAGAGAAUCUUUUCUUGAAAGCUGUCAACAAGAUUUGCCAACAAGGAAACUUCCAAUACGAGAAUUUCUUCAAUUAUGUUACAAAUAUUGACAUGCUGGAGGAAUUUGCCUACUUACGGACUCAGGAAGGUGGGAAAAUCCAUCUGGAAUUACUGCCCAAUCAAGGAAUGCUGAUCAAUCCUCAUUGUAGUUUGGGUAAUAUAUCCUCUGUGCUGCGAACGCCACACAUAGUUUGAUUUCCAUACGGCCUCUUUUGCGUCCUGCAUCUUCAGCGUGUCUUCAGUCAGCAUUAGAGUCGCUGCAAGAGACUGAACCCAGAAGGAUGAGGAAGUGUUGCUAAGGCCCAAAACGGUUUCUUUUUUCCCCUCAACUGUGAAAUGAACGAGUCUUCAGUGGUUGGAAUUUGUUCUCUGCAGUCUUAUUAGAGACGUCCAUUCUGGGUUGCCGUGACUCCGCAGUUGGGCGCAGAGCAGACAGUGCUGUCAGUAGUAGGGUCCCGUAGCAUCUGGUCUAAAGAGUGGGAAGAUUAAGUGGGGUGGUUGUCCUUCACCUUAUAAAUGUUACUAAAUAUUCUAAACAUUUACAGUAAAAGAACAAAUGCUUUUUCUUAAAACAUGAGACCUUUAUGCAUUAGGUUGCUUCAGCAAGAUGGCCUGGACAUGCUCAUCCUCCCAUCCCAUUACUUCCCUAAGACUGAGUACAGACUGGGAAAAUAAUUGCACGGUUCACAGUGUCCUUUACGUGUCUGAGAAUGAAGAUGACUUUUUGACCUGGGAGCCUAGGUAACCCCUGUUGUGUUGUGAUUUCUUUUCUAGGUUUUGAGGCUGGGUAUACAGGCAUACCUUUAAAUAGCUUCUUAGUUAAUUUCCCAUUGGCACUCAUCACACAAAUUAUCACAAUAUAGAGACAGCCUCAGCAGAACUAACUCCAUUUACUUAGGAUUAAACCUACAGCUGAGUCUCACUUUCAUUAGAUAAUUCUUAAUUGUUUGUGGGAGUGGGAGGAAAUGGAGUGCCAAAAAAUCAACAGCUGAAUCUCAAAAGUUGCUUGUACUGAACCUUUCUUUUUUAGCCAGUUUUUACUGAGCUAAACAGUGGCGGGUACAUGCAGAUAACCUCCAAGAUGAGGAAUAAGAGCAAGAGGCUUGGACACCCACAUAAUACUGUGAAGGGUGUUUAGGAUAAGGCAGGGGUACACAGCUUGCAUUCCUAGGCUUUGGGGAGAGAGUUCAUGCUCCCCACCUUGGUCAAUAUAAUACUUAAUGUCUAGACUGUUCAACUUCAUCAGAAACCUGCUCUUCCAUCAGCCUGGAAGCAGGAAUGAGGAUUGUUACUUAGGGAGCUGACCUUGUAGGAAUUUGCCCAGUCUUCACUGUGUGAGUUUCAAAGUUCAUUUGAAGCCUGCGUUCCAAAUUACUGUGCCAAACCUACAGCGGGAGGAGCAAGCUGCAUAAGCCCGAGCACCCUUGCUAACGGAGGUACGAUGAAAUCUUGAGUAAAACUAUCGAUAUUCCUUUUCCCUUUGGGUUGCAAACAAAUCCUCUGAAGCCAUUGCAGACCUUUUGGGUGGCCCCUGCAGCUCAGUGGCAGAGAUUGUGAGCAGUGCGCAGCCCCUCCCCUCGGGUAAGGUUGUGAGUCCGUCCUAGGUGGGGCAUCUGGGUGAAGCAGGUAUGGUACCACCCCCAGGGCACCAGGGCUGCCCCACAGGAGGGGUCGGCCCCUCGUUACAUAGACAUGUCACCCUUAGGCAUUUUAAAAUGGAGACACAUUUCUGUGCUGAUACUUGUAGUAUUUGAGGUGCAGUAGACUGGACGAAAUGGGGAACGGUGUCCUGUGUGUGCUCUCAAUAGGGUGGAUGAUAAUAUUCCAUGCGGUGACCACCAGCUAAUGUAAUAAAUCUUUGUUGUUACAGAACUCUGCAAAGCUGUGGGGCCCAGACUUAACCCCCGCCCCCAUUUUCCUCUUCUCAAUACUUUCUGAAAUUCAAACUUGACCUU